CCGCCGUCAACAAGUUCUGGCAAGAGAAAUCUCCCGAUCGGCCUCGAGUCGGGCAUAAAUUCAUUUUCCAGUCGUGUUAUUCGCUAACAAGCGCGGACUGCAAAAGGAGCCUCUUUUUUCGAUAAGGCGAUUAGACAUCGGACGAGAUAAAGAUUUUAGUGGAAUUACAGUGUACGAGGCAGCAUGAAGUUCGCGGAGCAUCUGUCCGCACAUAUCACGCCCGAGUGGCGGAAGCAGUACAUCAGCUAUGAGGAAAUGAAGGCAAUGCUGUACACAGCGGUGGAGGAAGCUCCGUCAGAUGAGAGUGUGGAGCCAGAAGUGAUAUCGCGCCACUUUGCGUCCUUCGACGAGGUGUUUUUUACAUUCUGCGAUCGCGAAUUAAAGAAGAUUAAUACAUUUUACUCAGAGAAAUUAGCAGAGGCGACGCGUAAGUACGCAGCUCUGCAAAGCGAGCUGAAAACUGCAGUGGAGCUCCAGCAGGGCAGCGGGAAGAACAAGGGGAAGAGUAGCGCCAAGCCAAUCUUGCCUGCCAGGAAGCUCAGGGAUCUGAAGCUUGCGUUCUCGGAAUUUUACCUCUCUCUGAUCCUCUUGCAGAACUAUCAGAACCUCAAUCAUACCGGAUUCCGCAAAAUCCUGAAGAAACACGACAAGCUAUUGUCAGUUGAUACUGGUACAAAAUGGAGAGUCGAGUGCGUAGAAACGUCGCACUUUUUCACGUCCAAGGACAUAGACAAACUGAUACAGGAGACAGAGGCCACAGUGACGAACGAUCUCGAGGGGGGAGAUCGGCAACGUGCCAUGAAACGUCUUCGCGUGCCACCGCUCGGCGAGCACCAGAGUCCGUGGACGACUUUCAAAGUCGGCCUCUUCUCCGGCAGCUUCAUUAUCCUGGCGAUCGCGGUUGUUCUUUCGGCCGUCUUCCAUGACAGCGGGGAGAACCUGAAGAUCGCAUUCAGGCUGUUCCGAGGCCCCUUCCUCAUCAUCGAGUUCCUGUUCCUGAUCGGAAUCAACGUCUACGGGUGGAGGUCCUCCGGCGUGAACCACGUGCUGAUAUUCGAGCUGGAUCCGCGGAACCACCUCUCGGAGCAGCACCUCAUGGAGCUGGCCGCUAUCCUCGGCGUUAUCUGGACACUCGGCCUGCUGAGCUUCUUGUACAGUACCAGCUUGAGCAUUCCGCCGUACAUGAAUCCGCUGGGACUCGUCUGCAUCAUGCUGGCUUUCCUGCUCAAUCCGUUCAAGAUUUUCCGCUACGAGGCGCGUUUGUGGCUGCUGAAAAUCACGGGACGUGUCUUGAUAUCGCCGUUCGCGUACGUCAAUUUUGCCGACUUCUGGCUGGCGGACCAGUUCAACAGCCUGGCGACCGCGUUCCUGGACUUCCACUUUUUGAUAUGCUUUUACAUUACGAACGGCAACUGGUUGAGGGCGGGCGACACCACGCAGUGCAUGUCUGGCUCGCUUAUCGUCAGGCCUAUCGUGAAUUGUUUGCCGGCGUGGUUCCGCUUCGCGCAGUGCAUCCGUCGCUUUCGCGACUCCAAGGAGGUGUUCCCGCACCUGGUGAACGCCGGGAAGUACUCCACGACCUUCCUCGUGGUCAUAACUAAUACCUUCUUCGUGGUUCACUCGGCGGAAUACAAAAAUCACUGGGAGAACCCAUGGUUGUGGAUGUGGGUCGUUAGUUGCCUUAUCAAUUCGAUAUACUCGUACACGUGGGAUCUUAAGAUGGAUUGGGGCCUUCUAGACAGCAACGCCGGCGAGAAUCGAUUUCUGCGCGAGGAGGUAGUCUACUCGGCAGCUUGGUUUUAUUACUUUGCAAUAAUAGAAGACUUUAUACUGCGGUUCGCGUGGAUCGCGAGUUUCAUUCUCGUCGAGUGCGGAUACAUCUCCAGCGACUUGAUGACCUCCGUGGUAGCUCCUCUCGAGGUUUUCAGACGAUUUGUAUGGAACUUCUUCCGGUUGGAGAACGAGCACUUGAACAACUGCGGUAAAUUCCGAGCGGUGCGCGACAUCUCGAUAGCGCCGAUAGAGAGCUCCGAUCAGACGCAGAUCCUGCGCAUGAUGGAUGACGAGAACGGUGUACUUAACAGAGGCAAGCGCAAGAGCGGCGGUAAGAAGCAGAGCAACACGAAGGAGGAGAAGCGAGCGCUGCUGAAGGAGGAGACCAUAGACGUCGAUAUAUCGAACGCCAGUUGAACGUAACGUUUGUAAGAUUUUUAUAUAUUGUCUAUGAAAUUAUAUACCCGGGUAUAUAUACUUGUAUAUAAGUAACGUGUAUUAUGUAUAUAUACAAUAUUCUUUUUUAUUUUUAAUUUACUACAAUAUAAUAAUUGAGACCAUGGGCGCCCGGAGUGAGGGGCAAGGAGGGGCGGUUGUCCCUCCCUGGAAUCGAAAAAUUGCAAUGUUAAAAUUCUAAAUCAUAAACAAAAAAAAUUUCAUAAAUAAAUAAUACACAUAAAUCAUAUAUCUGAUAUAAUUUCGAAAUAAAAAUUUUCCUUUCGUUUUUUACUCGAGUCUCCUAUCUUUCGAGGAAUCUUAAGGUUUUGCCCCCCCUUGCAUUUUUUCUGCGGGCGCCCAUGAUUGAGACCAUCUGAAGCUGGUACUUGGCUGGUAUUUAGAGACGAGAGAGAUAACGUGCACACAUAUUUGAUUUCGCUACACAGCACAGACGAUUAUCGCGCGGCUUUAGGUGCUAGAGAUUUCGAGAUCGUUAAUCGAGUGCCUUUUUCGUAUUAUUCUUGUAUAAAAUACUGCAAGCGAGUUGUAAGAUACCCUAGUCCGCACCGAGAGUCUUCCAGUACACGAAAGCACGUAAUUACCAAAAGCUUGGACAACGAAUAGCUUCGCGAGUUUGACCGAUCCGGGCGCAUAGAGGAAUGUAAUAUAUUUGAUAUGUAUCUGCUCCAUGAAGCAGACCAUCAUAUCGAUUGUAGAUGCGAGUAUACAGUGACUUUAUUGGCUGUACCGUUACCAAAUCUUUUUCUAAGCGCUAUUUUUUAAUAGUAGAAAACCUGUACCAAUAGUUAAGUUAGCGUUGAAGGUAGAAUGAUGCUGCAAAAUUGGCGCGACUUGAUUCGAUCACGUUAUUACGCUCACGACGCGAGUGAUAUUAAACGUAUGCUAAUACUAGAGGCUGUUAUAGUAUGUACCGUUUUAUAUGUGCUGAGGAUGAUUGUAGCACUCGUGUGUAUUUUAUAUGCAGUCAUAUUGAAGAUUAUACAAGAUACGAAACUCUUUGGCAAGAGCAGAUGCACCGUUUGCGAAAGCUAGACAUAUCUAAUUUAUUAAUAUUCGUAUUAUAACGUGAUGAUGAUUGGAUAACAGUAUUUCGUAUUAUCGUUAUCGAACUAGUUCCCAUAAAAAUCCCAGACCAUAUUUUAUUAAGUUUAAUUUAGAAACAGUUAAAGAUAUAAGAGCAAAUACUUCUCUAGUGAAAGUAGGCUGAUGCUUUCAGUUGUCGUACAUUUAAGAGUACCCUCGCUCUCAAUGGGGUGUGUGUGUGUGUGUGUGUGUGUGUGUGUGUGUGUGUGUGUGUGUGUGUGUGUGUGUGUGUGAGAGAGAGAGAGAGAGAAUAGACAUGCAUAUUGUGUCGUAUUACUUAUACGAAAUUUACAAAUACUUUAAUAUAAUUACAGUAAUAUUAUGUUACUGGAAAUAGUAAUGAAAGACUAAUAUACAAUAUUUUCCAUUAAUUUUCUAAAACCUUGAAUGUAUGGUGCGUGCGUGCGUGCGUGCGUGUGUGUGUGCACACGCAGAUUUUUAUAUUAAGUCCACAAUUUAUACAUUGUACACGUAAGCUAUAAAUAUAAAGUGCACCUUUGUGCGUGAAUACUAUGUAUUUAUUUCCUUGCACUUAAUUACACUCACAGUGUACUCGUACAUGCACGUGCAAAAACAAUAUCUUGUGUGUGGUCAACGAAUAGCAAUACGCAGAUGUAAAUUUCAUAUGUCGUAUUCCGUUUUUAAUUGUGAUGUCAUUAAAUGCUUUAAUGAUUUUAUAGAAAUUUUCUUUUGUAUGAACGAUCGGAAUCGCGGAGGUAUGAACAUUGAAUAUUUUUAUAUUUUAUAUACAUAUAUUUGUAUUUCUACAUUCUAUACAAUAACCGUGAAAGUAUAUCUGAACAUUUUGCAACGUAUGCAUUAGCGUGUAUGAUUAUGUGCAUUAUUGUUUUACUGAUUGCUUAUGUAAAAUGUAUAUAAUUUUUUGGCUAAUAAAAUCAAUAAGUUACAUCUUGUUAUAAACAAA